AAGCUGCAGCGGCGCCGGGUCCAUGUGGCGUCGGCUCCGCUCCGCCCUCCGGAGCCUCCGCGGCUCCUCCGCUGCACCCUCGCACGGCGGUGGCGGCCGCCCGCCCGCCGCCAUGGAGCGCGCCGUGGUGCGCUGCGUGCCGUCCGAGCCCAAGCUGAGCCUGCGGUUCGUGCUGCCCGACGGCAGUACUCGGCAUAUGCAGCGCGACCAGGCGGAGCCGCUGGGGCGGGCGCUGGCGCGCAUCGCCACCAACGCCGCUAAGGGCCACGGCAAGGCGGGCAAGAAGAGCAAGAAGGCGCGGGCGGAGGGCGCCGCGGAGGGCGAGGCGGCGGUGCCAGCGGUGCCGGCCGUGCAGCUGUUCUCCCGCGACGGCGCGGCGGUGGCGGAGGAGGUGCCGAACGCGGCUGCCUGGCAGGACGGCGCCGUGCUGCACAUCGGGGACGCGCGGUACCGCGUGGAGCGCAACCCGCCCGCGCUCACCGAGCUCCGCCUGCCGCGCUCGCUCCUCGCCGGCUUCCCCGUGUGCCCCAAGGUGAGCGCCGAGUUCGCCGCGCCGCAGCACUGCCUGUUCCGCUGGUUCCGCGAGCAGCGCCCCGCGGGCAACGGGGAGGCGGCUGGGGAGGCCUGGGUGGAGACGGCAGCGGCCGAGCGCGUGUUCACGCCGUCCAACGCGCUGGUGGGGCUGCGCCUGAAGCUGCGCUGCACGCCCGGGGACGGGGAGCAGCGCUACGGCCCGGCCCUCGAGGUAGAAAGCAGCGGCCCCGUGGAGGCCGGGCCCGGCGCCUGCACCUUCGACGCCCGGCACCUCUACACCAAGAAGGUUUGCGGCCACGGCUCCGUCCGCGCCGUCUCCUACAACAUCCUGGCCGACACCUACGCGCAAACGGAGUUCUCCCGCACCGUGCUCUACCCCUACUGCGCUCCCUACGCCCUGGAGAUCGACUACCGCCAGAACCUGCUCAAGAAGGAGCUGGCGGGGUACAGCGCCGAUCUCAUCUGCUUGCAAGAGGUGGAUAAAUCUGUGUUCGUGGACAGCUUGGCCCCGGCGCUGGAUGCUUUUGGACUGGAGGGGCUGUUCAAGAUUAAGGAGAAGCAGCACGAAGGCCUGGCCACUUUCUAUCGCAGGGACAAGUUCAGCCUCCUCAGCCAGCACGACAUCGCUUUCAGCAAAGCCCUGCUCUCAGAGCCGCUGCACAAGGAGCUGUGUGAGCAGCUGGCCAAGUACCCCCUGGUGCAGGAGAAGGUGCUGCAGAGGUCCUCUGUGCUGCAGGUUUCAGUUCUUCAGUCUACAACUGAUCCUUCCAGGAAGCUUUGUGUAGCAAAUACCCACCUAUACUGGCACCCCAAAGGUGGGAACAUCCGUCUGAUCCAGAUUGCUGUGGCCAUGUCUCACAUCCAGCACGUGGCAUGUGACUUGUAUCCCAGGAUCCCAGUCAUAUUCUGUGGAGAUUUUAAUAGCACACCCUCCUCAGGAGCUUACAGUUUUAUCAGCAGUGGUGGCAUUGCUGAAGAUCACGAAGACUGGGUCUCAAAUGGAGAGGAAGAAAGGUGCAGUAUGUCUCUAAGCCAUCCUUUCAAACUGCUAAGUGCUUGUGGAGAACCUGCUUAUACAAACUAUGUUGGUGGGUUUCAUGGAUGUCUGGACUACAUUUUCAUUGACAGAAAUGCUCUAGAGGUGGAACAAGUUAUUCCAUUGCCAAGUCAUGAAGAAAUAACAACCCACCAGGCUUUGCCAAGUGUUUCACAUCCUUCUGAUCAUAUAGCACUAAUAUGUGACUUGAAGUGGAAAUAGAGUAGCUCUGGCAUGGUGCUUUUGGGGGUUUUUAAAUAAGAAAUUUAAUUUAAUGUACUGCUGGGCAACGGAGGUUAGACCCUGACUUGUAUGCUACUGAAAGGAAAGCCAAAAUGAUUAAUGAAGAGUUCAUGUGUUUAAUGGCUCUACUGAGUAUUGUCACACUGUUCAGAAUAUUUGCAUGACAAUUUCCCCCUUUUUUAUAUGCUAAUGGGAAAAAUACAUUGAAUACAGGGUUUUGAAAAUUGGAUUAUCAUAUACCUUUUUAGUGCUGUUUUUAAAGAAUUAAGAAUUAUUUUGUUUAAAAAAAGUCUACAAAUUGAACCCUGUUUAAUUCAGAAAUAAACACAGAACCCAAACUCGAAUGGAUUUAGUUGACUCCACUUUGAUUAAUAUAAUGGUAAUUUAAGUUCAUAAGACGUUCACUUACCAUUACUGUGGCACAACUUCUAGUAAGUUGCAUGAACAAUGUACCUACCAACUUCUGAAAUGAUGUUCUUAAUUAUCAGUGAGUAGACCUUGUCAAAAAUCAACCAUGUUAAAUUCAAGGCUAUAAUUUAUUUGGAAGCAAUUUGUCUGCCCACAUAACAUGGGUAAUGAGGAUAAUGUUAACACCUUGUGAAAUUGGACUACAUGAAGAAACAGCAUCUACUUUGAACAUACACUCGUUCUGGUGAGUCAUCAGCAAUAAAAGAUACUGGAGUUUAGGACAACCAGCUUUGGAUGUGAGGGAGCUUUUUAUCAGUAUCAUCUGUUUUCAGGUGGGGAGAGAUACAGAACAAUGUGGUGCAUUAGUUAUCUGUGCCUAAAUCUUUACAAAGUAACACAAGUGACUUACAAACCUUUAUCACAAUGGUUAUAUUUUGUUUUUCUCUUGCAUACAAAGACAACCUGAAUUUGUAGUGUUUUUACAUGCAUUUUUAUUUCUAGAAAUAGCCUAGUUUGCCCUAUUUUGUAGGAUGCAGGGAAGUGUAUUUUAUCCAUACCUUCACAGAAUGUGUUGGAGUGGGUUCAGUCAUUUAACAAGCCCUGCAUCCUUCACCCAUAGAAAACAAAAAGCAUUUGGAAACCAUUCACUUCCUCAUUCACCUAAUAAAACUCCCUUUAUCAAUUGUCUGUCACUGUUGUCAGUUUGGGGUUUUUUCCUAGUUACUGAUGUCUUCCAUGGCAAAACAAGUCUGCCUGGAUUGAUAAAAGCUGUGUACUCUCUCUUGCACACCUGCUCACCUCCCCUACAUUCUGGUGCUCUGUAGCUGGGAUUCACUCAACUGUUUAAACACUACCCAAACCAGGAAGUCACUUUCAGGUGAGAUAUUUCUGAGGGUUGCUGGUGCUGUCUCUUGCCAUAGUAAUUGCUGUGCUGUGAAGGGUGAUGGAAGUGAGAUUGUAUUACUUACGUGGGCCAACUGAACUCCCUUUGUAACUCAACAGAACAUUCUUGUCCUCAUUUUUAAUUACCAAUCCAUUACAACUGGGUUACUUUGUCUUUUCCUAAAACAUUAAAACUUGUAACUUGUCCCUGGAACCAGAAGAUGGAGCUGCUCAGAGAACAGACUUGCCUGGUGCUCUGCCUCCCUUCCCAGAAACAGCAGCUCCCUCCUGCUUGCUCUGCUGGCACUUCGGCUGCUGCCUCUGCCUCCCUGCAGACCAGGGAGAGGGAGUGCAAAGGGAAGCUGGAAUCUGCACGAAGCAAGUAGUGAGGACAAACACGGCACUGGAACAGGCCCUUGCACAUGGCAGAUAAUCCUUUACUAUGUUUAGGAGAAAUUCAGUCCUGUGAGCUGAUGCUGGGGAAUCUCCAGACCCUGUAUCCUCCAGUUAGGAAACUGCAGCAGCAGGGGCUGACUGCCAAUAGCAGCAAUGUGUUAGGAACCUGCCACAUGUCAAGAAUGAGAAUGCAGCACUAGAGUCUAGAUUAGGAAAGGCACAGUUCAAAAAACCUGAGUUUUUUGAGGUAAAAGAACCCUUAGGUAUACCUUUGGCCCAGAGCCCCCAAGCUGUAUUUACAUCUGUAUAAGGUAACAGAUGGUGCUUCCUACUGCACUUACGUUGAUUUUUAACUCCCAUUUUUGCUCUCCCUACACCUCUGGACCUUGCCCAGCAAUUAAUUCUUCCUCUCUAAAUCACAUCCAGAACCCACAUUUGUACAAGUCCCAUUCAAGUUGUCUCCAUUUUAUUUCAUAAACCUAAACUCACCUGUACUUGUUCCUCACCCACCUGUACUUUUCCUCAUCCAGCAAUUGGAAAGCUUCAUGCCCUUCACAACAAAAAACUGGGUAGGAUUUUCUUUGCAUCUUUGUAAAUGUGGAUGGGAUUUUUUGUUUUUGUUACUCUACUUUCCCAGACCACCUGUUAAGGAAAAAGGAAAAUCUAUUUGCCUUCUGCUUGAACUUCCCAUCUCUGAUUCAUUAAACUUCAAGAGAGACAGUGCUGCCUCCUACCUGUCUGUUGUCUCAGGAGAGAGUUGUUUCUUCUUCCACAGCAGCUCCUGCUGUGGACAAACUCAUCACUCACAAGAAUAUUACAGAACUAAGGGCUCUCAAAACACUGACCUGAAGGGAGCACACUUGGCUAUUUUUAGGCUCUGGGUAUUGUGAAAUGUUUA